CACACACACACCCCAAUAGACACAAAAAAAUGGAAGUUGUUAGCAAGAGAAGGGGAAAAAAUACAAGAAAUGGUGUUGUUGUGGCAGGUUGUGUAUGGGAAAAUAGAAUGAGAUUUGAUGAAUUCAAAGGUGGAAUCAAUGUAUAUAGUGAAAAAGAAGAAACCCCACAAGUUGAAAAUGAUGAGAUGAAAACAAAUGAAGUUGAAGAACACAAAAAGUUGGAAAUGGGGUCAAAAACUAAUCUUGGUGUUGGUUGUUUUGUUAUGAGUGGAAAGAGAAAAACUUGGAAAUCUGAGAGUAAUUUUGAAGGGAACCCAAUUGAGAUAUCAACAAAAAGAUCUCAACUUUGUAAAGAAUUGAGUGUUAGUGCAAUGAAGAAAAGUCCAAUUCAGAGCAAGAAAAGGGAAGGAAAUGAGAAAAUGUGUGAGUUAAAGAAGGUGAAAAAUGUGUCUCCUAAUGGGAAUUUGAGGAAUUCACUUCAACUAAUGAAAGCAAAAUCAGAGAAAUGUAAAGAGAUUGAUGUAAUUGAGGAAAAUAAGGUUGUUGGUGUUCUUGAUGAGUCAAAGAAGAAUCUUGAAAGGGUAUUUAGUGAAUCAAGUGAUGAAAAUAAGGUUGUUGAUGUUCUUGAUGAAUCAAAGAAGAAUCUUGAAAGGGUAUUUGGUGAAUCAAGUGAUGGAAAUGAAGAAAAUAAGGUUGUUGAUGUUUGUGAUGAGUCAAAAAGGAAUUUUGAAAGGGUAUUUAGUGAAUCAAGUGAUGGAAAUGAAGAAAAUAAGGUUGUUGAUGUUUGUGAUGAGUCAAAAAGGAAUUUUGAAAGGGUAUUUAGUGAAUCAAGUGAUGGAAAUGAAGAAAAUAAGGUUGUUGUUGAUGAAUCAAAGAAGAAUCUUGAAAGGGUAUUUGUUGAAUCAAGUGAUAAAAAUGAAGAAAAUAAGGUUGUUGAUGUUCUUGAUGAGUCAAAAAGGAAUCUUGAAAUGGUAUUUGUUGAAUCAAGUGAUGGAAAUGAGGAAAAUAAGGUUGUUGAUAAUGUUGAUGGAAAUGAGGGGAAUCAAAUUCAGCUGAGGAAAGUGAAAUCAGAGGCAAAUAAGGCACAAAAUGUGGAUGGAAAGAAUUGUGAUUUAAGGAAAGUGAAAUCUAUGUGUCUUAAUGGGAAUUUGAAGAAUUCACUUCAAAUGGUGAAAACAAAAACAGAGAAAUGUAAUAAGAGUUUUGAGAAAAAUAAGGUUCUUGAGGAAAAUUGUGAAGAGAAAGUGAUAAGAAGCAAUGUGGAACCUCAAGAAAAAUUGAAUCUUGAAAAUGAAGAUUUCAAGAUUUUGGAAGAAGAAAUUGAGAAGGAAAACAGUUUAGCAAAAGUGAUUAAGACUAAAAAGAUUGUAAUUGUUGAAGAGAAAAAAGUUCAUAUUAGUAACAAUGAGAAAAAACAAGUGUCCAUUUCUCCAAUUAUCAAGAAACAGUCUAAUCUUUCAUUUUCAGGCCAAUCAAGAAUUCUUCAUCAUCAUCCAAGUCCAACAAGAACUAAACCAGUUCCAGCAUCAGAUGAAUUUCAGAGAAAUAUUCCAAGACAACAUAGCAACCUAGAAAGUUUGGUUGAUUUGGUCAUGUGGACAGAUGCAUCAAAAUCAGCAUUAAUCUUUGGAAUUGGAACAUUUUUCAUUAUUUCCUCUUCAUAUACUAAAGAUCUCAAUAUCAGCUUCAUUUCUGUGAUUUCCUAUUUGGGUCUGGUCUACCUUGCUACAAUCUUUCUAUUUAGAUCUCUCAGGGGUGCAAAUGAUAUAGGUGAAUCAAGUGAAUAUGUAUUAGGGGAAGAAGAAGCAAUGUGGAUUUUGAAAUUAAUAUUGCCUUACAUAAAUGAAUGUCUCAUGAAAAUUAGAGCUCUUUUUUCUGGGGAUCCUGCUACUACAAUGAAGAUGGCAGUUCUACUGUUUAUUUUUGCAAGAUGUGGCAGUUCCAUAACUAUUUGGAAGAUGUCAAAAUUGGGGUUUUUUGGAGUUUUCAUAGUACCAAAAGUCUGUUCUUCUUAUUCCACACAGUUAACUGCCUAUGGUACAUUUUGGAUUAGACGUUUUCGAGAUGCUUGGGAAAGUUGUACUCACAAGAAAGCAGUUGCAUUUGCAAUAUUCACACUUAUAUGGAAUUUAUCUUCAAUUUCUGCUAGAAUUUGGGCAGUUUUUAUGUUGUAUGUGGGAUUUAGGUACUACCAACAAAAAAUGAUGAAAGAAGGAUGGAUAGGUGAAGAAGAGAUUACAAUAUCAGAGGAUUAUUGGCAAGAAAGACAAAGGAGAAUUGGGAGAAAAUCCACUUCAAUGGAAUCCAAAAAGCAAAAGAAAACAAUUUAAAAAGGAAAAAAAAGCGUUAAUUAAUAUUUUAAAGAUAUAAUUACAAUCUUAUUACUGUAUAUAGUUGUUUGUGUUAGUAAAUAAAAAAAUUGUUGGAGUUUUGUAGCUUGUAUUGCUUAAUAGAAUCUUUAUUAAUUCAUUUU